AUGCAGAAGAGCGUGCGCUACAACGAGGGGCACGCCCUGUACCUGGCUUUCCUGGCCCGCAAGGAGGGCACCAAGCGCGGCUUCCUGAGCAAGAAGGCAGCCGAGGCGAGCCGCUGGCACGAAAAGUGGUUCGCCCUCUACCAGAAUGUGCUCUUCUACUUCGAGGGCGAGCAGAGCUGCCGCCCGGCGGGCAUGUACCUCCUGGAGGGCUGCAGCUGCGAGCGGGCACUCGCGCCGCCCAGGGCCGGGGCCGGGCCGGGCGGCGCCCGUGACACGCUGGACAAGCAGUAUUACUUUACUGUCCUUUUUGGCCACGAAGGUCAGAAACCACUAGAGCUGCGCUGUGAGGAGGAGCAGGAUGGUAAAGAGUGGAUGGAGGCCAUUCACCAAGCCAGUUAUGCAGACAUUUUGAUUGAGAGGGAAGUAUUAAUGCAGAAGUACAUUCAUCUAGUUCAGAUCGUAGAGACAGAAAAAAUUGCAGCUAACCAACUCCGGCAUCAACUUGAAGAUCAAGAUACAGAAAUCGAAAGGCUUAAAUCAGAGAUUAUCGCUCUUAAUAAAACAAAGGAACGAAUGAGACCUUACCAAAGCAAUCAAGAAGAUGAGGAUCCAGACAUCAAGAAGAUAAAAAAGGUUCAGAGCUUCAUGCGAGGAUGGUUAUGUAGAAGGAAAUGGAAGACCAUCGUGCAGGAUUACAUUUGUUCUCCUCAUGCCGAAAGCAUGAGGAAGAGAAACCAGAUUGUGUUCACCAUGGUCGAGGCCGAGUCGGAGUACGUUCACCAGCUCUACAUCCUCGUCAACGGUUUCCUGCGGCCCCUGCGCAUGGCGGCCAGCUCCAAGAAGCCCCCCAUCAGCCACGACGACGUCAGCAGUAUUUUUCUCAACAGUGAAACAAUCAUGUUUCUUCACGAAAUAUUUCAUCAAGGACUGAAGGCAAGAAUAGCCAACUGGCCUACUUUAAUUUUAGCUGAUCUCUUUGAUAUUUUGCUCCCCAUGUUGAACAUUUAUCAAGAAUUUGUGCGUAAUCACCAGUACAGCCUCCAAGUGCUCGCCAAUUGUAAGCAAAACAGAGACUUUGACAAACUCUUAAAACAGUAUGAAGCCAACCCUGCCUGUGAGGGGAGGAUGCUGGAGACAUUCUUGACAUAUCCAAUGUUUCAGAUCCCCAGGUAUAUCAUCACGCUUCAUGAACUCCUGGCUCAUACACCCCAUGAGCAUGUGGAGAGGAAAAGUCUGGAGUUUGCCAAAUCCAAACUAGAGGAACUGUCCAGGGUCAUGCAUGACGAAGUGAGCGACACGGAAAACAUAAGGAAGAACCUUGCCAUAGAAAGAAUGAUCGUCGAGGGCUGUGAUAUCUUGUUGGACACCAGCCAGACUUUCAUCCGCCAAGGUUCUCUUAUUCAAGUACCUUCCGUUGAGAGAGGGAAACUUAGUAAAGUUCGCCUGGGUUCAUUGUCUUUGAAAAAGGAAGGAGAAAGACAGUGCUUCUUGUUUACAAAACACUUUUUAAUUUGUACAAGAAGUUCAGGAGGAAAGCUGCAUCUGCUCAAGACAGGUGGAGUUCUGUCUCUAAUAGAAUGUACCUUGGUCGAGGAGCCUGAUGCGAGCGAUGAUGACUCCAAAGGUUCUGGCCAAGUGUUUGGACACUUGGAUUUCAAAAUAGUGGUGGAGCCUCCUGAUGGUGCCCCCUUCACUGUGGUCUUGUUAGCACCUUCCCGCCAGGAGAAAGCUGCCUGGACAAGUGACAUCAGUCAGUGCGUGGACAACAUACGGUGUAAUGGUUUAAUGACUAUAGUGUUUGAAGAAAAUUCCAAAGUUACUGUGCCACAUAUGAUUAAGUCUGACGCCCGGCUUCACAAGGACGACACUGACAUUUGCUUCAGUAAAACCCUCAACUCCUGCAAAGUGCCACAGAUCCGGUACGCCAGCGUGGAGCGUCUCUUAGAGAGACUGACAGACCUGCGUUUUCUUAGCAUUGAUUUCCUCAACACCUUUCUGCACACCUAUCGGAUUUUCACGACGGCAGCCGUGGUGCUGGGGAAGCUUUCUGACAUAUAUAAGAGGCCUUUCACCUCCAUCCCCGUCAGGUCAUUGGAACUGUUUUUCGCUACCAGCCAGAACAACAGAGGUGAACACUUGGUGGAAGGCAAAUCCCCACGCCUGUGUCGCAAGUUCUCUUCCCCGCCUCCACUGGCUGUCUCCAGGACGUCCUCCCCAGUGAGGGCCAGAAAGCUGUCCUUGACGUCUCCCUUGAACUCAAGGAUAGGCGCGCUGGAUCUGACCACCUCCUCGGCGUCCAACAGCCCCACCACCACCCACAGCCCGGCUGCGUCCCCACCGCCUCAUACUGGUAAAGUGCCGUUGGAUCUGAGCAGAGGCCUUUCUUCUCCAGAACAAAGCCCGGGAUCUCUAGAGGAGUCUGUUGAUAACCCCCGCGUGGAUCUGUGUAACAAGCUAAAACGAAGCAUUCAGAGAGCAGUCCUCGAGUCUGCGCCCGUGGACCGAGCAGGUGUGGACAGCUCCCCUGCAGCCGAUGCUACAGAACUCUCACCUUGCAGGUCGCCCUCAACUCCUCGGCACCUCCGCUACCGCCAGCCUGGAGGACAGACGGCUGACAACUCCCACUGCUCUGUUUCCCCGGCCUCUGCUUUUGCAAUUGCUACGGCUGCAGCAGGACAUGGGAGUCCACCCGGGUUGAACAACUCCGAGAGAACAUGCGACAAAGAGUUUAUUAUACGCAGAACAGCCACGAAUCGAGUACUGAACGUUCUCCGUCACUGGGUCUCAAAGCACGCACAGGACUUUGAACUCAACAACGAACUAAAGAUGAACGUCUUAAAUUUGCUAGAAGAAGUCUUACGAGACCCAGAUCUUCUUCCCCAGGAACGGAAAGCCACAGCGAAUAUCCUGAGGGCCCUUUCACAAGAUGAUCAAGAUGACAUCCACCUAAAACUAGAGGAUAUAAUUCAGCUGACCGACUGUCCAAAGGCCGAGUGCUUCGAGACCUUGUCGGCCAUGGAGCUGGCUGAGCAGAUAACCCUACUGGACCACAUCGUUUUCAGAAGCAUUCCCUACGAAGAAUUUCUUGGGCAGGGGUGGAUGAAGGUGGAUAAAAAUGAAAGAACACCUUACAUUAUGAAAACCAGCCAACACUUCAAUGAUAUGAGUAACCUGGUGGCCUCCCAGAUCAUGAAUUACGCGGAUGUCACCUCCCGAGCCAAUACAAUUGAGAAGUGGGUGGCGGUGGCGGACAUCUGCCGGUGCCUGCACAACUACAACGGCGUGCUGGAAAUCACCUCAGCCUUAAACAGAAGUGCCAUCUACCGGCUGAAGAAAACCUGGGCCAAGGUGUCCAAGCAGACAAAAGCUCUCAUGGACAAGCUUCAGAAGACUGUUUCGUCUGAAGGAAGAUUUAAAAAUCUCAGAGAAACCCUUAAAAACUGUAACCCCCCUGCUGUUCCUUAUCUGGGGAUGUACCUGACCGACCUGGCGUUCAUUGAAGAAGGAACACCGAACUUUACUGAGGAAGGCCUCGUCAAUUUCUCCAAGAUGAGAAUGAUAUCACACAUCAUCAGAGAGAUACGCCAGUUCCAGCAGACUUCCUAUCGAAUCGAUCAUCAGCCAAAGGUCACUCAGUACUUGCUUGACAAAGCCCUCAUCAUAGAUGAAGAUACGCUGUAUGAGCUGUCACUAAAAAUUGAACCUCGGCUCCCUGCUUGA